AUGCCUCUAAUGAGGACACAUAGACCUAAAGGUGCAGAUCCUACAACAAGAGGCCAAAGAGUACAUUUACAAUUAUGGGACACAGCAGGUCAAGAAAGAUUUCGAAGUUUAACAACAGCAUUUUUCCGUGAUGCCAUGGGUUUCCUCCUCCUCUUUGAUCUCACUAACGAGCAGUCCUUCAUCAAUAUUCGCAACUGGAUGACGCAGCUUCAGAUGCAUGCAUACUGUGAGAACCCUGAUGUAGUAUUAUGCGGUAACAAAUCGGAUCUCGAUGACCAGAGGGCGGUAUCAGACGAGAGGGCAAAGGAAAUGGCAGAGAAAUAUGGAUUACCCUACUUUGAAACAAGUGCUAAAAGUGGAAACAACAUUACCAAGGCGAUUGAAUGCCUGCUGGAUAACGUGAUGCUAAGAAUGGAGCGGAGCGUCGACAAGAGCCAGUUUCCAGGCGCGGUCAUGACCCAUGGCAACGGGCAGGGCAUCCCAAUGGAGUUAGACGAGGCAGGCGAGCACAGGAAUGGGUGUGCAUGCUAGUAUUUACUUCAGUUUUAAACUGUGAGAAAUAAUGUAGGUAAUGCUUGAUAUAGUCAAGCAGAUGGAGCAAGCAGAAUUUCAUCUGCUGUAGGACCAGAAAGACAGUAAUGCUUUUACUAUGUGAGUCCACAUAACUUGGGGUUGCAAUAAAGCUUUCCUUUAUCUACUUGAGCAUGGUUAAUGUCCAUCUAGCACCAAGCAGAUGGUACCAUCAGCUUAGAGACAGAGAGAUGUUAAUGCAUAUAGUAACUUGUGUGUUUUGACACUUUUCUAGCUCUAAAGAAGGCCACAGAAGGGCUAUCUCCUAGUUUGAUGCAUACAAAAUUUUAUUCUACACCUGAAUAGAAGAUAUGAUAGAAUAAAGUGAAAUGCUAUGAGAAUGUCACAAAAACUCCAAGGUCACUCUCAUUGAUACUUGCAAAAAAGACUUCAUCAGCUAAAAAGUACAUAAAUGUUACAUUGUUCAUAGAGUGAGUACAAUUUUGACUCAUGUUAUAGGCCUAGAUGCUAUGUUGGUAGAUGUUCAAAUCGACUUCUCACAAGGUCAGAGUACAAUGCUCAUCAAGAAAUUUGUCAGAUCUAGUUUAGAAAUCGACAAAUUUGUGUGCAUGUGCAAGACCUAUUGCAAGCUAGCUCUUUCUCCAUUCUACACAAGUGCGAACAAUGUUUGUCAUUGAUACAUUAUAUAUAAUUAUUUUGUUUUUCUCCCAUUCGAUCACCUUGAUGACAAAAUUUAAUCAGUAAUGAAUUUUUCAGAGAUAUUAGUUCAUUUUGAAACCAACCUCUACUGCAGGGUCUAAAUGUAAUAGCAUGAGCUUACGUAACAUCAUGUAAAGAUAUUGACUAAAACAUAACUAUUCAAGGAUUGCUUUUUAGCAGAGUAACAAUUUAAGUGAAAAUGUGUAUUUUCAUUAGGAAUAAGAGUGAUCUCAGUGUAUUUUAUUUUUCAUAGUGGUUAUAAAAAAAUGGAUGAAAAUACCUCCCUUUUUCUCAAAAAAUAUUUUUUGUUCAUAUACCCCGAAGUCAUUUUUUUUUCUUAGAUUACUCCUCGAAAAAUUUUCAACUCAUCAUUACAGAGUGUAUUGUUUUAAUACAUCUUUAUAUGUUUCAGUCUAAAAUGUACACCAAAACAGCUCGGUAAAUGGCCAUCUGAUAUUUUGGGUUGAUUAUAUGUCCAUCCAAUUACCAUAUUGUGUUGACAUAUAACAAUUUAUGAUAUCAGGCCUGAAGAGAUAAAGAACUCAUUGAGCUGGAAUUAAAAGUAUGGCUUAAUACAUGAUCAUGGAGGUAUAUACUAGAUAUGAUAUUUUCAUUCUUAUCUAAUAUCACGUAGUGUUGACACGAGUGUGCUUGACAAAUAGAGGUUGAAUGAACUAUGUUCAGGUAGAGACACAAAUAUCAUUUAGCAUGUAGGAUAGGUAAACCAUGAAUGUGAGUAUUGCUACAAUUACGGACACUGUUACAUAUAUGACAUUCGAUCAAUUGUAACUAUAUUACAAAUCAUGGUAAAAAGCUACAAUUAAUUGUCAUAGAUCAUAUUUCUAUGUUACAUGGUUGUGGUGAUGUUCUGAUGAUUAAUUGUUCAAAAUUAUCCUACGUAUUGCCAAAUAUCAUAAAUUGUAUAAAGUCAGUAUAAGUCAGUACAAGGAGAAUAAUAUUUUUUCAAAACUAGGUGAUUUGACACAUUCAAAAUUGAGGAAGCUAUCUCUGUGACAUUUUACAUGUGUGGAAUAUUCUAUAAUUGUAUGUUGAUUGACUUUGGAUAUUGAUAAAUGUAUAUUUGACACACAAAUGCAAAAAAAAAUUGCUUCUUCCCCAAGCAAGCCUCACCCCCAAACAAGUGCUAUGAAUAUAUUGAUGUACCAGUGAUGUUUUGAUUGUUACAGUAUUUUGUUAUUCUUAGGUAGCUGAACAGUUUUCAUGGCUGCUUUCCUUUAGCGCCUUUUGUUGGCCCUGUAAAACAAAGUUUAGCAAUCUAUCGCAGAACCACUAUUUUCAAGAUUGAUUGCAUUGACCACAAUGUACAAUCAAUCAUCAAAUCAAUCACUAAGCCUCUUGUUACAGGACCUGUGUCUGUACAGGUUGUGUGUUCGGACAAUUGAUUUUAAAUAGCCAGUAAGAUAAUUUGAUGGUGAUGAUUACUAAAAUGGAUUGUUUUUCACCAUAAAAGUAUCAGGAAAAGAACGCAGUAAGCAUAAGAAUAAUAAAAUACUUCAGCUUUCCAUAAUUUUAGUAUUUACUAUGGCAUUGGCUAAACUGGACUACAGACUAUGGGCCUAAGAACUUUUUUUCAAAUUCUUUUGUUUUGUUUUUGAAUUGAAGUUUGGGUUUGAAUCACUAUGAUACAUGCCAAUAUGUGUUUAAAAAUGGUAAUAAUUUCAGUCUACAAAUAUCGGCUAGUUAGCAUCUAUGUGUAUAAUAGAAAGGUGUAGGAGACAUGAGAAAUGUUAAUAGACAGUUGAUGAAGUAUGUUAGAAAAGUGAUACUCUAUGGACUUUAUGGGUUUUUAAUAGGGAUCAAUCCAAAAUUAAGAUUACAAAUCAAUAAAGCAAUCUAGAUUUGUGCUAAAUUACAAUCUUGAUUGAUAGAUUGAUUUCUAAUUAAGAGUGUAUCAAGUGAAAGCAGAAUGUAUAUGAUAGCUAAGAGUGGCUUCCGUGCAGAUUAAAGAGAUGAAAAUGGGAAUUAUUAUGGAGAAAUGCCUUGAAUUGGAACUAUAUAUGUUGCAGUCAAUAGUUAAAUUAUAAUAUAUCUUGUAUAUACAAUACGAUGUAAAUAGUAAAA